GCAAAGUUGAUGUAAAUGUAAAUACCUUCAAUAUGAUAUCUAGCAAUGUUUUUUGAAAGAAAUGAACAAAAAUUCAAAGUUCUGGAUUAAAUGAACCGGUGUUGUGAUAUCAUCUGUGCAGUGUUGAAAUUGGAAUCGCUAGAAGAAAAUCAAGAGUCUUGGGGCCCACCUACGUCUGCUGAUGUGUUCAACAAGGAGAACAAUCUGCAGAACAUCUCCUCUGGGACAGGGAACUUUUCUCAUCCGAGAUAUCAACAGCGGCGACUCCAGGAUGCAGCCCCCAAUCAUUCUACAUUUUGGAAAACAGAAAUCAAUACCAAAAAUGGACUUUCAUGGCCAUCUUUAACUGUAUUGGAUGAUGAGGAGAAAAAGACCCAAAAGAAAAUAUCACGGAAGAAGGGGAAGAAAGGACGAAAGGCCCAGUCAGGAUCCCAGGAGCCAGUCCAUUCCAUCGACUGCCCAGAGGAGCCAGUCCAUUUCAUCGACUGCCCGAAGGAGCCAGUCCAUUCCAUCGACUGCCUGAAGGAGCCAGUCCAUUUCAUCGACUGCCUGAAGGAGCCAGUCCAUUUCAUCGACUGCCCACAGGAGCCAGUCCAUUUCACCGACUGCCUGAAGGAGCCAGUCCACUCCAUCGACUGCCCACAGGAGCCAGUCCAUUUCAUCGACUGCCUGAAGGAGCCAGUCCAUUCCAUCGACUGCCCACAGGAGCCAGUCCAUUUCAUCUACUGCCUGAAGGAGCCAGUCCAUUCCAUCGACUGCCCACAGGAGCCAGUCCAUUUCAUCGACUGCCUGAAGGAGCCAGUCCAUUCCAUCGACUGCGCACAGGAGCCAGUCCAUUUCAUCGACUGCACACAGGAGCCAGUCGUUACUCUCGACUGUGCAGAGGAGUCAGUCAAUUCCAUCGGCUGCCCAGAGGAGCCAGUCGUCACUCUCGACUGUGCAGAGGAGCCAGUCAAUUCCAUCGACUGUGUGGAGGAGCCAGUCAAUUCCAUCGACUGCCCAGAGGAGCCAGUCGUUACUCUCGACUGUGCAGAGGAGCUAGUUCAUUUCAUCGGCUGCCCAGAGGAGCCAGUCGUCACUCUCGACUGCGCAGAGGAGCCAGUCAAUUCCAUCGACUGUGUGGAGGAGCCAGUCAAUUCCAUCGACUGCCCAGAGGAGCCAGUCGUCACUCUCAACUGCGCAGAGGAGCCAGUCAUCACUCUCGACUGCGCAAAGGAGCCAGUCAAUUCCAUCGACUGCCCAGAGGAGCCAGUCGUCACUCUCAACUGCGCAGAGGAGCCAGUCAUCACUCUCGACUGCGCAAAGGAGCCAGUCAAUUCCAUCGGCUGCCCAGAGGAGCCAGUCGUCACUCUCGACUGUGCAGAGGAGCCAGUCAAUUCCAUCGACUGUGUGGAGGAGCCAGUCAAUUCCAUCGACUGCGCACAGGAGCCAGUCAAUUCCAUCGACUGCGCAGGGAAGCCAGUCCUUUGCAUUGAUGGCACAGAAGAGCCAGUCCAUUCUAUCGACUGCUCAAAGGAUUCAGUUGUUUCCAUCAACUGUGCAGAUGAACCAGCUCUGGCCUUGAGUGCUGCAGAGGCAGCUCAUUCCAUUGACUGCGUAGUGCCACCGUCCCUGACUGUUCAUCCUACCAAACAGGAAGAAAAAGCAAAGACCAAGAAAAAGAAAUGGUCUUUGAAGAAAAGAAAGAAAGGGAUGAAGGCAAAGCCAGUGUCCCUGUCUGCCAACUGUUUAGAAGAGCCAGGCCUGACCCUCACCUGUGCAGAGCAGGCAUUACACCUUAUCACUGACUGUCCAGAGGAGGCUUCGGCCCUGAACAUAAACUGCUUUGGAGAGAAGCCUGUGGCUGUGGCCGCUGGCUGUAUAGAGAAGCCUACCCUGUCCAUUGGCUGUGUGGAGAAGCCUGUCCUGUCCAUUGCCUGUUUAGAGAAGCCUGCUGUGUCCAUUUGCUGCAGAGGGAAGCCUGUGGUGUCCAUUGACUCUGGAGACUAUACACUUCACAACACAGAAAAGCAAAGGCUGAAGUUCCAAAGCUUGAAGAAAUUCCAGGCAGAAAACAUCAGCCAGGCUGACACCCAGAAGAGCAGAAUUGAUCACACUGUCCUCGGGUUCCCUAACAUUGGAAACACCUGCUAUAUGAACGCGACUCUCCAGAGUCUCUUCAGUCUCCUAACUUUCACCCAGGACAUCAAGAGAGAGGAGAGCUGCUGGAGACCAAAUCUGACCACGCAUUUACUGAAGUCUCUAGCAGAUCUGCACUCAGCGCGAGCCAGCCGCAGCAGUGAGCUGAAGAUCUGCCUGCUGAAGAACCUGAAACGGUCCAUCGCGUCGAACUUCAGCGACUUUUGGGGAGAUGAGCAGCAGGAUGCCCAUGAGUUCUUCAGCAUUCUGCUGUCCCAGCUGAAAGAGGAGGGGGUUUCCCUGAGGACAAGGAUGGGGCUGCAUUCCUUCACGUGCGCCGUCGAGGCUAAUUUUGAAUUCGAACUACUGUCCACCAGAAAGUGCCUCAGUUGUGGGACAAAGGUGUGUAACACGGAGUCCUACAACUGUCUGUCUGUGGACUUAGUCCCAGGGGGUUCUGUACAGGACUGUUUGGCACUCUACUUCAAGGGCUAUGAGGUAGAGUGUCGGUGCCAGUGGUGCUGUGGGGAGUUGGCGUCUGUGGAGCAGACGCUACAGUCGGUGCCUCGAGUGCUGGUUGUGCAGCUGAAGCGGUUCAGCUUUAACUCCAGAGGGCACCUGGUGAAGCUGCACGAUCGGCUCCACAUCUCACCCCAGCUCAGCCUGCAGGCCCACAGCAGGGCCAAUGUUCGCCUCCCAGGGAUGCCCAAGACCCACCAGACCCACGGAGACUGCCUGGAUACCUCCCCCUCACCAGGGGGUGCUGUCUGCUUUACAGGCCAUUACAUCUGCGAAAGCACGGACGGCAACACAAACUGGCUGUCGUUUGAUGAUGAGAGAGUGAAGCAGAUGGACCAGAGAUCCGUGCUGCGGCAGAGAGCAAACUCUGCCUAUCUACUGUUUUACGAGUACAGGGGUGCUGGUGGAGAGAGGUGAACCCCAGACCAGGGCCAGCCUCUAGUGAGACCACUCAGACCACUCUGCCUCUAAAAGAGAGGACAGCCAUUUCCGGGUAUGUUGUCCGUUGCUUAUGCUGUUGUUUGAAAUGUAUGUUAUGAGCAUUGUGGGAAAACGACAUAUAGAGAUAAGGUUACAAAGGAGUACGUGCCAGGCUUUGUUGAAUUCUGGGUGCCGACGAACUAU